CCCCCCCAACUUCAUGACUGAAUGAAAGAUCUGGUAUUGCAAUUGUAACAAUGCCAGUCCCCAUUUGGAAGGAUAGCCAAAAAUUAAUUGCAUUAAAAAUACGUCUUGAGAAAUAAACAUAUGUCGUAAUAGGUAGCUGCAGGCUAUUUUAAUACUUGCUUCACUUGGGUUGUAAAUAUAACUAUUUCUGUUUCAGAUGGAGCAAAUAAAAAGAGCAAACAAACUUUUCACAAAUGACUGCAUAUUUCUUAGAAAAACAUUAAAUAUCCCAGUUAUAUUGGAAAAGGCUUUGCUGUUUAAUGGGUGUAACUCACUGGAGUCUCCAGAGGAUGAUACUGGCAAUCCCACUUCUUGUGAAGAAAGUCCCGUGACGGUUCAGGAAGACAGUUCUUCCCCCAGUCCUCAAGAAUCUGACAAUCGACUUCCCCCACCCGAAGAGCUCUCUGCCAAAGAUUUUCUGCAUAGAAUGGAUGUGCAGAUUAAAUUGUCCAAACAAGCAGCUAAGAAAUUAAAAUCUGAAGAUAACAGGGAAUAUGGUGAGGAAAAUUCCUAUGCAAUUUCUUCCUAUCAGCAGUAGAAAAUGGGAUGCAAGCAGUUUUUAAAGAACUAAAUAUUUGAUGAUUCAGAAGAUCUUUCGGAUUGAUAUAUUGUACUUGUUACAAAUCAUAUAUAAAAAUUCCACUGAUUGUUGCACUAAAAGUAUUUGAAUGUUUGCCUUCUAUAGGUCAAUAUUCUUUUACUAUUCAUUAAUAAAGGAAAUGCUUCUCCAAAAUAUUGCCUUUAUAUUUCUGCUAAAAAUGGCACACUAGCAACAAUAUAUUCCUAAGAGAACUUCAAUACAUUUUUUUUGUUUUUGUAUACAUACAUACAUACAUACAUACAAAAGAUAAUAUUAAAGGAACAAUCAUUUAUUUUAAAAAAAGCCCUGUGAAGUCUUGACUCAGAUAUGUUUGUAAUGCAAAUUUUGUGAACUUGAUGCUGAUGGAUGCACCAUGAUUAAGUUGUAUGUUUAUGCACAUCUGUAUAUGUCUCUCUGUGUUAACAUAUAUAAAGAUAAUGCUCUUAAAGUGAAUCAGUUUUAGCCAACUUUAAGGAAAAAGAGUUGGGCUUUUAAAAUAUGUAUGGUAAAUUAUUUUGUUUGGAAAACAAGGGACCAAACAGAUUAAAUUGUAUUUUUUUUCUUUGUGAAAAGGUGGAAUAUAUUUUCUUGUUAGCACACAUACAUAGUUUCAUGUAUUGAAUAUAAAAUGCACUUUAAACAGUUAUUGCCUUUGUUGUUUGGCAUUGCUUUGCAACUUCUGUACUUUUCAGAUAUGAUUUGUUUCAUAUGCUAUAUUAAAAUUUCUUAAGUUA